AUGAAGGAGUACAUGCAUCAUGAGGCGUACACAGGCUUGACGGGAGAUGGGGUUUUCGCUGGGGAGCCGCAUGAGCUGUUCGUCGGAGGCGUCCCGGACCCGGCAGACGCCCCCCUUUUCCAGCUGAAGGAUAUCGACAAGGCUACCCUCGACAAAAUACAGCAACGCUACGACUCUGUGCACCCGAGGUUGGAGGUCUUGUAUCCCGACGGGUGCACGCAGCUCAAAGGUCUUGCCUAAUUGGCCACGAUGAAUGUUGUUCCGUUUGCCCUUCUUUGUCAGAGAUAUUCGCUGUACACUAGCAGCAGUACGAUGCUGCAGAUGCCAGGAGGCUGUGUAGCCUACCUCAGAGGUUCACACUCUGUGCGUCUCCAACCGCGAGAGACUUGGAAUGGAAAUAUGAAGAUGCUUUUAUUAGUUGCUAACUCCCGAGUCAGAUGUUGCUGGUACUGAAGUGGAGUGAGAGGAGUGGGCGAGCUUAGGGCUGCACCACUCUUCUCGAAUACCGGACAAAUAAACCAAUCACACGAAAUAUCCAGAAUGCUUCCAGAAUGAUUUCUGGAAGCCCUCCUACGUUCUAGAAGAGUUUCAACUGCAACCUAGAUCUAGAACGCUUCCAGAAGCUUACAGAAGGAACCAGAAGUUUCCAGAAAGACUUCCAGAGGCUACAGGAGGAACCAGAAGUUUCCAGAAGGCUUCCAGAAGCUACACACGUUCUACAUAGAUGUCCCGGUCAACCUUGACCUAGCAUGCUUCCGGAAUAUUUCUAGAACAAGAGAAUACAUGCCAAGAAGAGAUGGAUUCUUUUCUACUGCUACGCAGACUAGUUGCUGCAAUCGUAUUCAAAGGUCAAACGGUGUCCGACUACUGGUGGUCUCGACGCACGAUUUUCCUGACACGACCCCUCGAUCAAGCAACUAUAUCACAAUGGUCGACGGCAUCACCAUAUCCUUGUCUACCUCGACCGCUUCGUUGGCACCGUAUCGAAAAUUAAUGCUUCCGGUAUGGCGGGUAUGGAAGGAAGCUUCACAGAUCUUCGAUCAACACGAGAAGUCCUUAAUCUGCUGAAUGAUGGAGGCGAAUCGGUGCUUUGGGAGGUACUUGGUCGCGAUAUCAGCCAACUGGU